AUGUGCAGGAAGGAGUCGAGAGGCGAUGUUGAGAUGGAGGUGCCCAAGUCGGGACUCGGCUCAGGUACUCCACAGCUGACACCGGCUGGCCGUACUGGCUGGCGCGUCCUGUACGAGGUGGAAUGUGCGCGAUACGGGGCCAUCUCUUACUUCCCAGCCCAGAGUCCUGUCAUAGAGCGGGCAACCACAAUGCUCUCCUACGUUGUGGCCGUUUUGGCCUUUGUUCUGCUCUACAACCCAAUCACAGAGCUGCUCUCCUCUGCGCCGCCGCAGAUCCGCAGGACCCCACGGCCCAGAGUCAACGAGACCCUGCUGGCGUUGGAAGAUAGUCUGAACCAGACGCUGCAGUGCCCUGGGGAUGAGUACUCGGUGCAUAUCUUCUCUAAGGAGCCGCUAGUCAUUUACAUUGAGAACUUCCUGUCGGCCGGAGAGAGGUCGCACCUGCUCGACAUCAGCGAACUCAUCUUUGAGCCAUCUACCAUCACUCACGACGGCGGUGCAGAGACUCAUCGCGAUCAGACUAUUCGUGACUCUGAGGUCGCUAUUAUUCCUCGCUCGGAUGAAGUGAGGUGCAUAGAGGCACGCGCGAGAGCAUUCCAGGGCUGGCGAGACGAAAUUUGGGUGGAGCGCCUGCGCACCCAACGGUACCGACCAAAUGGCCAUUACAGUCACCACUUCGAUUGGAGCUCGUCCUGGGGAGGAUGGGGCAGGGUAAGUAGCUUUAUGGUCUGGGUUGACGCAUCCACCGACGGCGACACUGGGCUUGUGGGUGGCGGCACGGAAUUUCCCUUGAUAAAACGCCCGAAGCUCGAUGAGAGAUGGUGUCGCUUCGUGGAAUGCGACAACAUUGUCACUGGUGACGGCAGUCAUGCUGAAGGUGCUGCUGCCACGGCUUCCGAGCAAGAUGUCAGCCAAGGUGUUGUCUUCAAGCCUGUCGCUGGCAAUGCGGUCUACUGGGAGAACUUCAGGCCAGACGGUACAGGACGAGGCUGGGAAGAGACGUGGCAUGCGGGCCUACCUGUUACCCGCGGCACCAAGGUGGGCCUGAAUAUUUGGUCCUGGGGCAGAAUUGACUAG